AUGUGUAAAUCACUGCGUUAUUGCUUUAGUCAUUGUCUCUACUUAGCAAUGACAAGGCUGGAAGAAGUAAACAGAGAAGUGAACAUGCAUUCUUCAGUGCGUUACCUUGGCUAUUUAGCCAGAAUCAAUUUACUGGUUGCUAUAUGUUUAGGUCUUUAUGUAAGAUGGGAAAAAACAGCAAAUACCUUACUUUUGGUAAUUUUUAUUCUUGGUCUUUUCGUUCUUGGAAUUGCCAGCAUCCUCUAUUAUUAUUUUUCAAUGGAAGCAGCAAGUUUAAGUCUCUCUAAUCUUUGGUUUGGAUUCUUGCUUGGCCUCCUAUGCUUUCUUGAUAAUUCAUCCUUUAAAAAUGACGUGAAAGAAGAAGCAACCAAAUAUUUGCUUCUAACUUCUAUAAUAUUAAGGAUAUUAUGUGCUUUGGUGGAGAGAAUUUCUGGUUAUGUCCAUCAUCGGCCCACUUUACUAACCACAGUUGAAUUUCUGGAACUUGUUGGAUUUGCCAUUGCCAGCACAAUUAUGUUGGUGGAAAAGUCUCUCAGUGUCAUUUUACUGGUUGUAGCUUUGGCCAUGCUUAUUAUUGACCUACGAAUGAAGUCUUUUCUGGCUAUUUUAAACUUAAGUAUUUUUGUAGCCUUAUUAUUUUUCUCCUCAUUGGAAACCCCCCAAAAUCCGAUUGCUUUUGCAUGUUUUUUUAUAUGCCUGAUAACUGAUCCUUUCCUUGACAUUUAUUUUAGUGGACUUUCAGUGACUGAGAGGUGGAAACCCUUUUUGUACCGUGGAAGAAUUUGCAGAAGACUUUCAGUUCUUUUCACUGGAAUGAUUGAGCUUACAUUUUUUAUUCUUUCAGCAUUUAAACUUAGAGACACUCAUCUCUGGUAUUUUGUAAUACCAGGUUUUUCCAUUUUUGGAAUUUUCUGGAUGAUUUGUCAUAUUAUAUUUCUUUUAACUCUUUGGGGAUUUCAUACCAAAUUAAAUGACUGCCAUAAAGUGUAUUUUACCCACAGAGUAGAUAACAACAGCCUUGAUAGAAUCAUGGCAUCCAAAGGAAUGCGCCAUUUUUGCUUAAUUUCAGAGCAGUUAGUUUUUUUUAGUCUUCUUGCAACAGCUGUUUUGGGAGCAGUUUCCUGGCAGCCAACGAAUGGAAUCUUCUUGAGCAUGUUUCUUAUUGUUUUGCCAUUGGAAUCCAUGGCACACGGGCUCUUCCAUGAAUUGGGGAAUUGUUUAGGAGGAACAUCUGUUGGAUAUGCUAUUGUGAUUCCUACGAACUUCUGCAGUCCUGAUGGUCAGCCAACACUUCUUCCGCCAGAACAUGUACAGGAGUUGAAUUUGCGGUCCACAGGCAUGCUCAAUGCUAUCCAAAGAUUCUUUGCACAUCAUAUGAUUGAGACCUAUGGGUGUGACUAUUCCACCAGUGGACUGUCUUUUGAUACUCUACAUUCCAAACUGAAAUCUUUUCUUGAACUUCGGACUGUGGAUGGGCCUAGACAUGAUACAUAUGUUUUGUAUUACAGUGGGCACACCCAUGGUACAGGAGAGUGGGCUCUUGCAGGUGGAGACAUACUACGCCUUGACACACUCUUAGAAUGGUGGAGAGAAAAGAAUGGUUCCUUCUGUUCUCGACUUAUUAUUAUAUUAGACAGUGAGAAUUCAACCCCUUGGGUGAAAGAAGUCAGAAAAAUCAGUGACCAGUAUAUUGCCGUGCAGGGAGCAGAGAUGAUGAAGACAAUGGACAUUGAAGAAGCCGACCCACCACAGCUGGGUGACUUUACAAAAGACUGGGUAGAAUACAACUGCAACUCCAGUAACAACAUCUGCUGGACUGAAAAGGGACGCAGAGUGAAGGCAGUGUACGGCGUGUCCAAGCCGUGGAGCGACUACACUCUGCACUUGCCAACGGGCAGUGAUGUGGCCAAGCACUGGAUGUUACACUUCCCUCGUAUUACAUAUCCACUGGUGCAUUUGGCUAAUUGGUUGUGUGGUCUGAACCUUUUAUGGAUCUGCCAAAGCUGUUUCAGGUGCUUGAAAAGGUUAAAAAUGAGUUGGUUUCUUCCUGCUGUGCUGGACACGGGACAGGGCUUUAAACUUGUCAAAUCUUAG